GGGUUACAAGAGCAGAGAUAAAUAGUAAAAUGAGUGUUGGGUGGUUGUGCAGUUUCGUUCUUCCACUCGUCCACGCCACACUUGGUUUCUCAGGACUCUCCUGAGGUAGUAGGGAAAAUGCCGAAGGUGAAAGUUCCAGGUAGGUCUAAAUUCCCACGUAGCCUUAGGCAAGUUGGGAAGAAGCCUUCUUUUAUGAUUAGGCUGGUGCCAAAAGCCAGACUCUCAAGAAUGGAUUCACAAAGCAGCUCUGAUUGCCUAUUUAAGUUGUGCAGGGCACAGGAGGUGGAAGGAGUGAGAGCUUGAGCCAUUAGCUUUCCCAAUAUGAGUAGUUUGGAUAGACGGUCAGGCAAGUGGCUUUUAGGCUACAGAAGUGAAAUUAGAUGAGACCAGUCGAUUCAGCAGAACCCAGUUUUGCUGUGUUAAAACUUUAUCAGAGGUUGGAUAAACUUACACAGGAGCACCCCUAGACAUUGGUGUUUGCCAGAUAAAAGAGAAAUUGAAGGGUUUUCAGUAACCUUUAAUGGCUUAUCAUUAGCAGCAAGGUAAUUAAGACAUGCACCAGGCUGGUAGCCAAAAGGGGGCUGAAUUUAGCUUCUCUUUGUCAUCUCGUAAAAGACCUGAAUAAUCCUUACUCGGAACAUGUUGCCUUCCAACUCUGUGGUUCUGUGCUGUUACUAGCAGAAUAGCAACAUGGUCCAAGGAAUCUAGAACAAAACUGAUUACCGGUUUAUUGUAUUUUUUGAAGCAGCAGCAACUAUCCACAUAUUAAAUCUAAGCCUUUGAUAAGCUUAAAAAUUACAUAAAUAAUCCUUUCAACUUGCUCUUAUUUUGUUAUGCUCCUAAAGAAACAUUUCUUACAGCAAACAGAAUGGGUUUAAAAAGUGUUUUGUCGCUUUUCUCUUUGUCCAAUAUUUCAAGUUGUUAUCAAAGGGUUCUGUUCUCUCCCACCCCCCACCAUAUCAGAGUACAAAGAUGCUUCCCUUUUAAAUGAAAAUAAUAAAUAUCCACAGCUCAUAAUCAAAUAUUCCUACAAUGUCCAUGCCACAUGAACAGGUAGCCUCAGGUCUGUUGAUUUCAUUUGACAGAACGCGAAUGGUGCAAUAGUUUCCCUUUGUGUAUGACAGUUAUAUUUAACAAACAGACCUUGGUUCCAGUUUGUACUUUUGCAUGUUUUUUUAAAAGGGGAAGUUUUGCUGCUGUAUCCUUUUACUUCCUUUGAGCAAGCAAGCUGAGAAGAUGAAUCCUACUGGUAGACAUGCUAAUAAAUUGUCAGGGGAGAAUGAAGAGCAUGGAUGGACCUGUGCUUUGUAAUGGUAGAAAUGCCGAAUAAUACCCAUAGGUGCCUACUAAGAAGACCUGGACCACAUUUUUGUGUUGCAGUUUCAACUGAUAUAUCACACUAACUUUUUUUUAAAAAACUGUCAGUCUGCACCCCCUUCAGAUACAGUGGUAUCUUCCAUGCUUGGAAACACUCCAGCUAAGGGCUCGUACACACUUCUGCUUGACCCGUGAUUUGUAGGCAUGGAUCUGAGUGGUUUUCCUCUUGCUUCGCUCCAGCCCCAGGGAAAACACACUCUCUAGUGCUAAAUUGGAGCAAAUGUCAAUCUGGAGAAAACCUGAAUUGCUGUUUGCUCUGAUUGAGCGCUAAUGAGAGUGGUUUUCCCUGGGGGAAAGCAGUGGAACAAAAGGAAGUGGGGUUAGGCCCUCAAUCUAGUCUAGGCUGAUUUUCUCCUUAUCAAACAACUGUUCUAAGAAGUACUACAUAGUAGGUUUUAGAAUAUUUGUGUGUGGAAACUGCUGGACUAAAGGAUUAUCUUUUCAUAUUAUUACUUUGGCAUACAUGGAAGGUGGUAAUCAGACCACCAUACGUUCACAGUUCAGAGUUACCAUUUGCAAAGAGAGUAUUACAUUUUUAGGCAAAUGUUCCAAAUCAUGCAUACAAGAAGCUAUAUACCUUCAGAUGUACAAGCACAGAGUCUGUGAAAACAGUAUUUUAUGAAUACAUGGAGUCAUUGAGAUCAGGCCCUCACAAGCCCCUUCCAUAUGCUCACUUGUAUCCAAAUAAAUGCAUGGAAAGGGAUAUUGGUGGUGCCAAUCCCUGGUUCUGAGGUAGAAUUUAAAAGACUGCAUCCGUCAUAUCAGGAUGUCUGGGCAAGUUGCCCCAAAUUGCUUUCUUGGCUGUUCUUUCUUCCCAUUGUAGAGCUGUUCAACUACUAUGGUAUGUAGAGUAUAUAUUUCUGCAAACAUUUGCUCAUUAAAAAUGUUCAUUUCUGUAUAUAAAUGUGGACAAGGUUAAAAAGAAACUUUAGGUGCUGCAUCCUGUGAUCUGAUUACAUUUAUUUUAUUUCACUCUCAAACAGCAGAGGAGAAACGUGAGUAUAACUCGGCCUUCCUUGUGCCGCCUGCUGCUUUGUUAAGCAGUUGAUCAUAUCCAAAAGACAAAUGAUCACAGCAACUCAGCGACUGUCCGUUUCUCAGCAGUCAUUGCCAGGAGCUAUUGAUGCAUCUGGGGUGAGGAAGAAAGCUUGUAUGGGGCUUGGAGGAAGGAAGGGUGUCAUAACGGGACCUGCAUGGGGUGUGCUGUCCUCGUGAGUCUGGAUGAUUCAGCCCUUCAUCAAACCUGCCUUUUCAAGGAGCUCAGAUACCUUCCUUUGAGUUGCAAUACUAGGAAGGAAUGCUGGAGCCCAGUUCUCUCCACCAAGUCUUUUACCUGGGCACCAACUAAAGGCAGGGAUGCGGGUGGCACUGUGGGUUAAACCACAGAGCCUAGGACUUGCUGAUCAGAAGGUCAGUGGUUUGAAUCCCUGCGACGGGGUGAGCUCCCAUUGCUCGGUCCCUGCUCCUGGCAACCUAGCAGUUCGAAAGCACGUCAAAGUGCAAGUAGAUAAAUAGGUACCGCUCUGGCGGGAAGGUAAACGGCGUUUUCUUGCUUCUCUGGUUCACCAGAAGCGGCUUAUUCAUGCUGGCCACAUGACCCGGAAGCUGUACACCCUUGGCCAAUAAAGCGAGAUGAGCGCCGCAACCCCAGAGUCAGCCACAACUGGACCUAAUGGUCAGGGGUCCCUUUACCUUUACAACUAAGCUGGACCCUCAAAAGCACCCUGCUUGCAGGGAAAAGAGGAACACGAGUGGAUGGUUGAAGUUACUUGGUAGUGGGCCCACUUUGACUCUUGGGUUAUAUAGUCAGACUCUAAGGUUCUCUCCUCAUUAAGCUCCUGGUAUAUGACUGCAUUUCAACCUAAAAACUGGGCAUUGGCACAGAUUGCCCUGCUGAGAAAUGGCUGUCUUUCUGGGCUGCCUGGCUACCGCUGGGUGCACAGGUGAGCAUGAGCCACAUUGCCCAGCAACCCCUGUGCGCAAGGGCAUUUGCUGGGAACAAUGUUGCUUCCCUGUUCUUGUGGAAUUGAGAUGUGGAUCACUGGCUGCUUUGACAACACAAGAGGUCUCUAGGCAGGACUUAGGAGCUCGGAAUAGGACAACGACCCCUUAUGUCCAACCUUCUAGUCUGGUGUGAGUGUGGACUUCAUUCCCUGCUCAAUCCCCAUGCACAUUGUAUGUCUGUAAAGUGGCACUGCAUGAACUUGCCAUUUGCAUGGCCUCUGGCAUUCCCAUCUCAUUGUCAUGAUCCCCUAUGCCCUUCCUGCUUAUUCCACUUGCAUUUCUCCUGCUGAACCAGAUUACUUCCCUGCUUCCUCAAUGUCCACCAUUAAAGCAGCGCUUGCACACACAUGCCCUUCUGAUAGCCUACGAGUGUGGAUGGAUUACAGUGAUUGAGAUAUUAAAUUCUUAUAGAAAAGCAUUUUCUCGGCAGCAAAAUAGUCACCGAUCACCAAAACAUUUUACUAUAUGAAUUUAAUGUAUCCAAUAAACUAAUCCCAUUAGUGCAAGGAUUUCCAUUUGGGCAAUGCAACUUUCCCUCCUCCUCCUCCCCACCCCCAUUUCUUCCCCAAAUCUGCUCCAAAGAGUUGGAGAAAACUUCAGAACAGAUUUAGGGGACGCUCAAAGAAAGCAAGAGAGAGGAGGUUCUGUUGUACAGUCCAAAGUCCUUGCACUAAGAGAACCACUUUGCUGGGUACCACCCAAUAUCUCUGUUUUGUUAGUCACUGUAAUAAAUAUAUGCUUUUAAUAAUUAAUUUCAUCCUUCCAAGAUCCAGAGCAACACACACACACACACACACACACACCCCUGCAGCCUUUUGUAUGAUACAGUCGUACCUUGGUUGUUGAACUUAAUCUGUUCCGGGAGUCCGUUCGACUCCCGAAAUGGUUCAAAAACCAAGGCGUAGCUUCCGAUUGGCUGCAGGAGCUUCCUGCACUCAAUUGGAAGCUGCGUCAGAUGUUCAGCUUCCGAAAAACAUUCACAAACCGGAACACUCACUUUCGGGUUUGCAGCAUUCAGGAGCCAAAACGUCUGAGUACCAAGGUGUUUGAGAACCAAGGUAUGACUGUACUAAGGCUGCAGUUCUGGGCACACUUACUCGGGCAAUGGUGACUUUUACUUGUGAGUAAACAUGCAUAGAAUUGGACAGUAAAAUUGUAAGUCAUAGCCAAUGCUUGAUUCUCAGCAGACGUGACUAUCCUGCGAAACACCAUAACCUGAAAGGUCUCACACUAUCCAUACUCAGAAGGACCUGUACAGAUCUGUAUAACAUAUCCUUUCAUGGGACUGUACCUGCAUACACCAUCAUUGCUGGCUACAACAAGAAACAUCAUGCAGUAGUCUCAGGCUGUUUGAAAGAUCAGAGCCUGCCUUUUGGAGCUCUGACCCCACAGUUAUUUGUGAGCACUCCUUAUUGUGCACCUUGAGAUCUCUAAGCAGAAACAUCUAUGACUGUUGCCCUUUCCUGUACACGUUGCUCAGUGGCAGAAGGGUGAUAUCCAGGCUCUGAUUUCCACAAAAACGGGCUAAGACUACAAUGAGGAAGCCCAAAACAGGUAAGACACUUCUUUUCUAAGUCACCUGGUUUCACAUUAGCUUGGAAUUUAGUUUAGAUCCAGUUCACAGUCCAAAGCAGGUUGCACCCACUAUGGUGAUGCCAUCUACACUUACUGGCUGAGAAAGCCAAACCUAUCAGUCCAAAUUCAGCUUCAUUCUUAUUCUCAUUGCCAUGACAGCAUACUCAGUGUAGAGAGGCACAAACAUUUCCAGACUAUGGAGAAACGCAGACUCUAACCACCCAGAAUCUAGAGCCAUGAGUGGAUACCAUGAAGCAUUUAUGCACCCCAACACAUCCAUGGUUCGUCACUGGUGUUUCACCUUUCCUCACUGAAGCCCUGGAAUCUCGCUGUAAAAGGUUAUCAGUAGAAGUACUAAGAAUACUAUCUGCUUAAAACCCUGCAGCGACAUUGAGUCAAAGUAGACUAUGUUGAGGCUGAUGGAUCAAUUGUGUGACACAUGAUAAGUAAGCUUUGUAAAUACUCUGCAGCCCUGUAGCUGCAUUCUCCCCUAGAACUAUCAAGCUGGAAUGUGGUGCAGGUAAGUCUUCAGUUUCAGAGCACAUGUGACAUACUGUUUUAGCCUGUCAGUUCCCUGUCAUGCAUACAAAGAGAAUGCAGGCAUGAGGUGGCCUCUGAGUGCACACAGGGCUGGUGUGCUGAGUGACGCAAUUGAUCCAUCCUCCCACAAUGACCAAGAGCUGGCCUAGUGACCUUCUGCUUUCUCCUGACAGAAACGGAUGAUGCCAUGCGCUCCUUCGCAGAGAAGGUCUUUGCCUCAGAGGUGAAGGAUGAAGGGGGCCGGCACGAAAUCUCUCCCUUUGAUGUGGAGGAUGUCUGCCCCAUAUCACAUCAUGAAAUGCAACAGCAUAUGAUCAAGGAGGAGGAGAGUUCAAGUGACACUGGGAAAAAGUGAGAGUUCUGUAUGUGUGCAUGCACUGCUGGGAUAAUGGGAAAUUGGGGGUGAGGAAGGAGGAGCCAUGAAAGAUUGGAUGGGUAACCUAGUAAGGUGUGGCUCAGAUAGAUCCUGUGCCAGAUGUGUGCUGAUCACAGUACCUCUGAAGCAUCAUAAUGCAGGCGCCAGAUACACUUGCACUCACACUAAGGAAAGGUGGCAACGGAUGUGAAAAGAGCUGGUUCCUGAACCUUGGAAGACUUGUGUUUAUGGGAAACUACAGAGUGGCUGUGGGACGCGGGUGGCGCUGUGGGUAAAACCUCAGUGCCUAGGACUUGCUGAUCGUAAGGUCGGCGGUUCGAAUCCCCGCGGCGGGGUGAGCUCCCGUCAUUUGGUCCCAGCUCCUGCCCACCUAGCAGUUCGAAAGCACCCUUAAGUGCAAGUAGAUAAAUAGGUACCGCUUUAUAGCGGGAAGGUAAACGGCGUUUCCGUGUGCUGCGCUGGUGCUGGCUCGCCAGAGCAGCUUCGUCACGCUGGCCACGUGACCCGGAAGUGUCUCCGGACAGCGCUGGCUCCCGGCCUCUAGAGUGAGAUGAGCGCACAACCCUAGAGUCGGACACGACUGGCCCGUACGGGCAGGGGUACCUUUACCUUUACCUUUACAGAGUGGCUAAUUCCAAUCGGAGCAGCCACCAGCACAGAGUGCACCGUCUGUACUAGCACCCCUUAAUCAUCAGAGCAGACCAAGUGAUUAAGUAUUUUGAAGAUUAGCUUAAAGCGAAACCAUUUGCUCACGUAGAUUUUCAAAACUGAUGUGGAUAUAAAACAUUCCCCAAGUCACUUGGCUGGAAUUGUUGGAAGAGUAGCCUUUGCCCUAUGUUUCUAGGUACUGAACAGUUUUGAGCAGAUAUAUUCUCAACCACAUUGCCUUCCUACGGAAGAAUGGAGUAUUUCCAUAUGAUAAUGACGGCAGAUAGGUAGCUUUUCACUGCAAGCAAGUGUGAAAGCCAUGGUCUUAUUUGUCCUUUUGAUUUCCAUAAGUGUGCCUCUUGUCAAUACUACCUGAGCAGUGGCACUUUGCUCCUAUUCCUCAGUGGCUUACUCUGACCCCAUAAUUUGUAUGCUCUGCUUCCUCGUGGAAAUGUCUUUAGAUGCAGAUUACAAAUUUGCUGAAGAAGCUAGUCAAUUCAGAGAAGGUCCAAAACCACACCAGAAAGAUGCUAGUUCUGAAUCUAUUUAUAGAAUGUAUAGUUCAGCUUCAUCACAAGUGAUCCUUGGGCAGAUCACAACAACAACAACAAAAGACAAAAUGUAAUUAAAACAUACCACUAUCACUUCCUCUCUCCUUUUUCAAAAACCAAUUCAAAGGCUUUUUGAAUUGGAGGAAGAGAUAGAUCUUUAGUUGGUGCCACAAAAUAGGCAUGGUAGGUGCCAGCCAGUCUUCAGGGUGCCAUUACUGACAAGGCCUUCCACAAUACAGUAUAUAAAGACAUUUGUAUAUUCCUUUGCUACCUCCCUCCAGGAUCAUGAAAUAUCAGCCAAACUUUCAAUGUAGCCAGAGCUAUGGGAAGUGUAUGGUGAACUGACAGAUGAUUGCUGCCAAAGCAUAGACAAAACUAUAUGAAAUGAGUUUCCAUUUGUGUUGCUUUCCUUUUCUUCAUCCCUCCUAGGAAGAAGAGGCUCUUGCGGCUGAAGACCAUUGCACUGCUUGUUCCUACUGCGGGAAAGUCUUCGACCAAACUGUCCACCUUAGAUGAGGUCAUCUCCAGCAGUGCUUCGUAUCAAGCCGUUCCCAAAUUCCAGCGUGUUCAGAUCACGGGCGACUAUGCUGCAGGGGUCAGUAGCUGGAGGUGCCAAACCAUCUCCUGUCAUGAUGAGUCUAUUCUGCUGCCUCUUCUUCCAUUUUGUUAGAUGUGGUACUCCCAAUACUGUGGUACUCCCAAUACUGCAACUUGAAAUGGGGGCGGGGGGGGGAGGUAACCCUCCUGUUUUUCAGGGCUUCCCUGAAUAAUAAUAAUAAUAAUAAUCAUAUAUUAAAAAGUCUGUUCAGGGUUGGUACACACCAUAUACAGUAUUUAAAGCAGACCUUACCUGUAGUAUGUUAAGGGUGCUGGGUUUUGUAGCUCACUGGUAAACUACAGUUCCCAGGUUUCUUUGGGGGUGCUUUAAAUGUAUAGUGUGUGUGCUAACUGCAAGUGGGAUCGACAAGGGAAGUAAAAUAAAGUGUGUUCAGAGAAUUUUAAAAAAUUGCCCUCUAAAACUAAAAUGUCAUGAAGUGGAUAUAAUCAAGCAUUGUGCUUACAGAGCACUUGGAAAAUGUGGUCCACUCCCCUCCUCCAGCACUGCCUUGAGAGAGAAUAUCUGCCGGCUUUAUAGAUGAGCAACAAAGGCACAUUUAUUGGGCACAAACCCCGAUCACAUAGAAAAGGCUUGCUGCUCUUUCCAGAUCUCCACCCCCCAUAUUCCCCCACCCCGCAUUUCAAGUUGCAAGAGACACAGCCCCGAAAUGGAAUGGGAGGAGGUGGAGUUCAGUGGGACUCCUGCAACUAACCUUAGCUGUGUCCUUAGGCUAGCUGCGUCUGUGUUUUGAGUGGCCUAACUUGAACCUGUUGAGAAAUAAAUCAAAUAUGGGGGGAUUUGCUGGGUCAAGGGAUAUUGAUGAAAUUGAAGUGGGAACAUCCUGGUGCUCAAAAUAGCUCCAACAGCUGGAUCCUGCCAUGUCCCUGAUCACCUUUCAUUGCCAGCCUUGGUGGGUUAUUGGAAGACAUGGCUGCUGCUGGAAUAUACGCUGUACUCUCCUUCACUUGAGCAACCAUACUGGGCUCUAUCCCACAGACGGCUCCAGGUUUAAGCAAAGUUCUUGCUGUGGCCUCCCUCCUGGGUGGGCUUCCUUUGCAGCAUUGCAAAACAGUGGCUCUUCCUUCCUUCCUUCCUUCCUUCCUUCCUUCCUUCCUUCCUUCCUUCCUUCCUAAUUGUAAGGAGCAGAAAGGUUCCUGUGAGUGACAAUCUCCCAAUGUCGGCCAUUUUGUUUUCCUUACCAUAGCCCAGGAACUGUGAUGGCCCAGAGCAUUGUAGGGAAAAUAAAAUGGCAGGCACCAGCUAAAUGGCAGCCACCAGAGCUCAACGAGGACAGGCAACUGUCAGUGCAAUCGGCCCUGCCAAGGACAUGGGAGCCGUAAUAGCUGCCAUGUGCUGACGCUGGGCCUGCUUCAUUCUCACUGCUAUUGUUAUCCCCACCACCACCUCCAACCAGGCAUGCUGGGAGACGACUGUUUAUCUCACAGUGCAAGAGUAGGGAACUUUAGGCCCAUGGGCCAAAUGUGUCCCCCAUGCCUCUCCAUCUGGUCCUUGGGAUUCUCCACAGGCCGCUCCCUCCCCCUACCAGCCACAUUAUCUGUCCUCAGGCUACAACCUCUGCCAGUUUUGCCUCACACCUUCCAUGAGCGUUUUGGUUUUUGCAUGAUUUGAACUCUGAGAAACCCCUUUCCUUGCCUGCUGUAUUAUUUGUAUCAUUUAUUAUUCCUAUGACAGACCCUCCAAGUGUCCCUAUUUUCCAGGGACAGUCCCAGAUUUACAGAAGCCAUCCUGGUUUCUGAUUUGAUCCUACAAUGUCCCACUUUUCCUACAAUGUCCCUAUUUUCAUUGGAGAAAUGUCAGAGGGUUUGGAAUAGGGCAUCCCUAUUUUCCUCAGAGAAAUGUCAGAGGGUAUGGAAUAGGAUAUCUCCAUUUUCAUUGGAGAAAUGUUGAAGGGGAAAUCUCUAUUUUCAUCAGAGAAAUGUUGGAAGGUAUGGAAUAGGGCUAAAGUGCCCUUUUGUGGUUUUCAGCACACCUGGGUUUUUCCCCCUUUUGUUUUGUAAUUUCUGUCUUUUUUUUAUCAGUGCCAGAAGUUUUAACAAAUAUUUCCACAGGUGACAGUGGAGGAUUUUGAAGUGGUCUGCAGAGGCCUGUAUCGUGCCCUGUGUAUCCGGGAGAAGUACAUGCACAAAUCUUUCCAGCGUUUCCCCAAGACUCCCUCCCAGUUCUUGCGCACUAUUGAAAGUGAGGUGUGGAAGCCAAAUGACGACCUGCUUCCAGGUAAGGACCCAGGCAGGCUGUGCAGGCUGUACUGGGUGACUGGGCUUGUGGGUGUGUCCCAGAGCAAGACAGCAGGUGUUGGGGUGGGUGGGUGGGUGGGAUGGAGGGCACUGUGGAGAAUUGCAUUAGCUGCUUUAAUCUUUUUUUAAAAAAAACAACACCACCACACUCUGUCUGUGCAGAGCUGGUGUGCUGAGCAUGCAGAACGCUUACGAACAUAGGGAGCUGCCUUAGACUGUUGGUCCAUCUGGUUCAGUAUUGUUUACACUGACUGGCAGCAGCAAUCCAGGGUUUCAGACAGGAGUCUCCUCCAGCCCUGUCUGGAGAUGGCCAGGGGUUGAACCUGGGAUCCACUGCCUUCCGUUCGGAUGCUCCACCACUGAGCUAUGGGCCUUCCUUACUUAGAAGUAAGAGCACAGUGAGAGCAGCUUUCUGCCGGGGCCAGUGAGAGCCAGGCCUUUGCAAAGACUUGAGGAGAGGAGCUUCCCAGAUGGAGUUGUAGAGGUUUGGCACCUCCCCUCCACCUUGGCUCUCAUUCUUAUCUGAGCAAGUAUCUUUUUGAAUUUACUAUGAAUACUGUCAGGUAGUCAGAGAAUCUGAAUGACAUGUAGCCUUGGCCUUAGGGCUAUAUUUCUUGUGCUGGACCUCUUUCCAGUGUGCAAUAUCAUGCCAUAUUUUGGCUUAGCUUUGGUGACUCACCCAGUCUACCAUUUUCAACCUCACCCCCCUGUUUUCCCAUGUUACAAAGAACAGCCUGGCCUAAGUGGAGUUCUCAUGCUUCUGUCACACAUGCUUGUUCAUAACAGGUAGGAAUAUAGGAAAUUCCCUUUUGCCACAUCAUCUAGCCUGCUGUUGUCUACUGUGACUGGCAGAGGCUUUCCAAAAGACAUCUUAGCUAGGGUUCCUUCAUACCAUCCUCCAUCUGAUCCUUUUUUUAACUGGAGAGGGCUAGAAUUGAGCAAGAAACUUAUUGCAUGAAAAACAUGUGCAAAGGGGUAUUCUUCUUAGUCUGUACCUGAAUCAGACUUUAAUUCUCUGGUCUAGACUUCCAUUAUCAGAUCUAUCUACAUACAAGAGGAAAAGGGGCCUGUGAAUCAAACGAGGAUAUGAUGUAAAGCAGGGAUAGCCGACAGGUACCCUUGGGAUGCUGUUGGACUUCAACUCCCAUCAGCCCUAGCUAGCAUGGCCAGUGGUCAGGGGUGGUGGGAGCUGUAGUCCAGCAAUAAAUGAAAGGCGCUGUGUUGGCUAGCCCUGGUGUGAGGUAUGAAAAGCCUAGGCACCCGUUAUCUUAGGGCUAGAGCACUGACCGUGCUGCUUCUCCUUCUGCCUUUGAGGCGGAGGCAGGACUUUCACAUUUCUGGGAAUGCUUUUCACUACACACUCAAAACAAAAGAUAUGUGCAAUUACUAAAACACACCUAAGCUUGUUAUUAGUCACGCAGAAUAAAUUGGAUUUUAGGAUUGUGUUACAAGAGGCGCCAUCUUGUUAAAGGAUACUCAUGCAGUCGGGAGCCAAAAUUAGCUAAAACAAAGACAGAAAUUGUAGCAAAAGCAUCUGCAUGCAGGGGAUGGAUAGUGGUGGCGUUCUCUCAUGGGGAUUUCAGCCAGUCUCAGUCCUGGCAGUCAUGUAGUUUCCUUAGCGGUAUAGAAUUUAAUUCUUGUAGGCUGAUAGCUGUAAGAGAAGCAUGCUAAAGACCCCCAAGCCUUUUCCUUUGUCCUUUCCUUGUUCAACGUUAGCGCACUUUCCUCUUGAUUUUAGUGUUCUCUCCCCCUGUGAAGAAAGAUGAAGAUCCCUUCCAGUCUGGCAACUUGCCCGAGAAUCUGGGCUACCAUGUGGAAAUGAAAGAAGGUGUGGUAUACAUCUAUGCUGACAAAGCUGCUGCUGCCAGGGGUGAGCCCAAGGACCUGCCCUACCCUAACCUGGAUGUCUUCAUUGAUGACAUGAACUUCCUGCUGGCCCUUAUAGCUCAGGGACCUGUGUAAGUGUCUUAGAGGUAUGGCCCCUUCGCACAUAAGCAGGGCCAGCCCAAGAGAUUAUUGAAGCCUCAGGCAGAAAAUCCAAAGGGCGCCCAGCCUGCAAUGAAAAAUGUAACAGUGAGCGAACAACCAAUGUGCUUCCUUUUAUUGAUGCCCAGGGUUUGCUGCCUAAGGUGGCUGCUGCUGACCUGGGUUUGCCCUGAAUAGGAAAAGGGCAAAAGUCUAGCCACCCCAAGGCAGCACACAUAUAUCCCUGUUGCAUUGACUUCUGCUGUCUCAGGUCACUUGCUCUGGAAUGUGACCUUUAUUAAGCUGUCGUGUGACAGCAGCAGGGUUACUGCUGGCUGGCAAAUGUUGGUUGCGUUGGCAAGCUGGUGAACCUGGGCUUGGUCUCUUAUUCUGCGAGUGGCUUAUUUGAGAUGAUGCUCUUUCCUUUGACUGUUGCAGCAAAACCUACACACACCGACGCCUUCGGUUCCUCUCCUCCAAGUUCAGUGUGCAUGAGAUGCUGAAUGAGAUGGAAGAGCUGAAGGAGCUGAAGAACAACCCCCAUCGGGACUUCUAUAAUUGCCGUAAGGUGAGGGAUCUGUCCAAGGUGUUGCCUCCUUAAGCAGGAGUGGCUGAUCUUUGUCACCCUCUGGGGCUGCAGAUCAAAGUGGGUGUGGCCAAAGUGUAGGUGUGGGUGUGGCCAAUAUUUUUUAAAGGGCAAAUUUUGCUGGAUCAUAAAAAUUACAGCAAAGGAUAUUUAUUUUAUUAUGUGAACUGCCCUGAGACCUCCGGGUAUAGGGUGGUAUAUAAAUUCAUUCAAUAAUAAUAAUAAUAAUAAGAAGAAGAAGAAGAAGAAGAAGAAGAAAUGGUCAGUAUCUUUUUUUAAUUUAAAAAUUUUUUUUUUAAUGUUUAUUCAUAAUGGAUGGAUUUGGGGGUUUGGGGGAUUAACAAAACCUUUUGGACCCAGUGCUGCCAGAGGAGAAGUAGUCAGUAAACAUAUUUUUAAAUAUUAUUAUUUUAAUUUACAAGAUUUGGGGGGCCUUGGAUGGCCACAAAAACCCCACACACAUGUGGCACCAUAAUAUUACCAUAAUAUCACAUUCUGGCCUCCCCCUGAAAAAUCAGUGGGAGUGCAUUAAGAGCUACAAAAAAGUCUGGUGUCACAGUGGAAGGCCAAUAGGGGCAGUAAAUAAAAUAAAAUAAAAUACAGCAUUUAACUAUUAUUUUUUUAAGGCAAAUGGGAAAGGGUUGUGGGGGAUGAAUGAGACCUGCAAGUUGUGGGUUAGGUACCCUGGCCUUAAGGUACAAUGAUGUACCUCAUCAAUGCCUCCUCCAAUAUCAUUGCUGUGGUGGGUUCUGUGGGAGGGAGGCAUCUGCAGUCACCAUCACCUCCUCGGCUGACUUUUCUCUUCUCUUAACAGAUCGACACGCACAUCCAUGCUGCAGCUUGCAUGAACCAGAAGCACUUGCUGCGAUUCAUUAAGAAGUCUUACCGGGAAAAUUCUGAAAGGGUUGUGUACAAAUCCAAGGACAAGACCUUGACGCUCAAGCAGCUUUUUGAGCAGCUCAACCUUCACCCUUAUGACCUGACUGUGGACUCCCUUGACGUCCACGCAGUGAGUCCUGCUUUUCCUUUCCAGUACAGGAGAUCUCCCACCCUUCCCCAUGGUCUCUGUCAUAUGACUGGCUGUGGCUAAUUACUCCCCCCCCAGCUGUUGCUGCCCCGCCAUCUCUACCUCCUACAAGUAUUCUUUGCUCUGUGCGUCUAGCCAAUGACUCCUCCUCCUCCUCCAUGUCACAGGGCCGGCAGACCUUCCAGCGCUUUGACAAGUUCAACGCCAAGUAUAACCCGGUGGGUGCCAGUGAGCUGCGUGAUCUCUACCUCAAGUCUGAAAAUGCCAUCAAUGGUGAAUACUUUGCCACCAUCAUCAAGGUUAGAGACUAUGGUAUGCAAGGGUUUGUGUCUGUGCGGCUGGUAGACUGAGGAUAAGGCCAGUUCCUGGAAGCGGAUCAGGUAAUCCCUUUCCCUUUUUAUUUUGCAGGAGGUUGGCUCUGACCUGGAGGAUGCCAAGUACCAGUACGCAGAGCCACGGCUCUCCAUCUAUGGGCGUUCACCGGAAGAGUGGCCAAAAUUAGCCAGCUGGUUCAACGCACACCGUGUUUAUUCACCCAAUAUGAAGUGGAUGAUCCAAGUGCCCAGAAUCUAGUAAGUACUGGUGGGGGCAAAGUUUGAUCAGGUCAGAAGUGCCAAAUUCCAUGUAUAGAUCUGAUCAACCCAGAUUCCUUCCCUUUCACUAAUUAUGGGCCUCUCCAUGCAGCCUACCCCUUCAGUACUUCCCCUCUCUCCCCUAUCUCCUGGCCUGAAAGCGAAGGUUUCUCUUCCUUUCCAUGCCUGUUUCCUAGUGUGUUGUGCCUAUGGUCUUGGGCAGGUGCAGUGGAGUGGGAGAAUAUUGGAUCCUUCAAGGGGACUGGACUCAGGGGAAGCCAUCUACAAGGAUUCUGGCUCAAGUCUGCAGACUUAUGACCACUAGCCUCAGGUUCAGUAGCAGGAGCCUGGCUCAGUUCCUUACCUGGUAGUAUCAUAGCCCUGAGUUUGGCUGGCUCUUCUUCCUCUGACUCUGAUUGAGUUCAAGGCCAGGGCCAUGACACUAUCUGGAUUUUCUUUGGUUUCCUUUGUGUUCUGUGGGGCAAAGCAAAAUGAGCAGGAAGCUGAGACACAGCUGGGACAAAGUAUGUGCUUCAGGACUGAGUUCACUUGCUUCAUCUCAGUUGCUUCUGCCAUUUGCAGCCCGCUUACAUUUUCCUUUCUCUCAAUCAUCCCAUGUAAGUGAUAUGGAAACGAGCAAAAGUGUUUCUGUCUCCUCUCAGUGAUGUGUUCAGGUCAAAGAACUUUUUGCCACACUUUGGGAAGAUGCUGGAGAACAUUUUUGUGCCAAUAUUUCAGGCGACAAUCAACCCACAGGACAACAAGGAGCUGAGUGUGUUUCUGCGCCAUGUGAGUACUGUUGCCCAGAGGCACCUUGGGCCUAAUCCUAGGUAGUGACAGGCUUUGCUCUUUGAAAGUAGGUGACAGAGAGAGUGGCCAAUACAGCACCAGAAACCCGAGGGUGUAUCUAAGUCAGCAUAUUGUCAACCAGAUCUGGCCAAGGGUCCACCUCACUGAAGGUGAUGCCUGGUAGAUACUACAUAAGAAAUGACAACACCUAACCACUACUGGAUUCCAGUCUUCCAGCUUCAACAAGGUAGCACCUUGGACAGAGGUGGCCACUCUGUCCCCCUGCAGCAGAGGGUGACUGUUGGGUGAUGGGAAUUAGAGGUUAUCGGCUUCAUGUUAUUUGGUGAAGGUGGACUUGCUUUUGGAGUUGGUCCCUUCCUCAGAACCAAUUGUACGAUUUGCAGAUUACUGGUUUUGACAGUGUGGAUGAUGAGUCCAAGCACAGUGGACACAUGUUCAGCACCAAGAGCCCCAAGCCGGAGGAGUGGUCCCAUGAGAAGAACCCCUCCUAUACAUACUAUGUGUACUACAUGUAUGCCAACAUCAUGGUCCUCAAUCAUCUCCGACGGUGAGUCCCAGCCUGGGCAGAAGGAUUAUUGCCAGGUGAAAGGCUUCGAUUACAAAUAACCUGCACCAACAUUUAGUACAGUGUUUCUCAAACUUGGGUCCCCAGCUGUUGUUGGACUACAGCUCCCUUCAUCCUUAACUACUGGUCCUGCUAGUCAGGGAUGAUGGGUAUUAUAGUACAACAACAAGUUUGAGGAAACACUGCUUUAGCAGGAGUAACACUGCUGGUUCUGAUAAGACCACCCACUAACCCUGACUAAAGCAUAUUGCAUUUCAAGAGCUUGACGGCAUCAAUCCUUCGCCUUCAUUGAUCCAAAGCCCUAAGAGGCACAGUUCCAGGUUCUGCUAGACUUAAAUGCUUGGAUUCUAACCUGCCUUCUGUAAAUGAAACAGAAUUCACAUCUGCAUAAAAGAGGUUUGCCGCCUCUUCUCUCCCUCUGCAGCCUCCUGCAUUUCCCCCAAAUCUGCUCCUGGGGAUUGGGGGGCCCUUAGGAAUGGUGCAGUAGGGAGCUCAAGAUGAAAGGGGGAAUUGGUGAAAGCCACUCCUUUACGUGAACUGAGGACUAAGUAAGGAUCCAAUCUAGUGUUGGCAAAAGUAAUGACUUCAUAUAAUAAUACCAGGACUGCUGAAAUAAUCUCUCAGAUAUUUAUAUAUUUUUUCCUUUGCUAGUUUGAGAAUGGGUUUUAAACACCAUAAUAAUAUUGUCUAAGCCUUCUAUUAAAAGAGCUAAUGAGACUCUGGGGCCUAACUAAAUAUUAUCUGCAGACAACUGCAAUGAAACAAGACAGGUGCUUUUAUAAAGAAGAGAAAAAUGCUUUAAGAAAGAUCAAUUUAAUACAGAGAGGCAGUGAAGGAUUGCUUAAUCCUUUCUGUGCUUGCAGCUUCUCUCAACCAAACUGCACCCCCAAUUUAUCCCCCCGCCCUGCAUGAGUUUCAAACAUGUAUUAACUUUGUGGACAGAAAAGCAACUGGAUUUGUGUGGCUGUGGAGCAGAGAAGUUACAGUACACUCAUCUGCAUGUUAACAUGGAUUUUUAUCAUUCACCAAUGCAAAGCACAAAAGUGAAGUCCCUGCUGCUUGCUAAUACCAGCAUUACACCAGCAUGUUUGGUCCCUUCAAGUAGGAAGCUGUCUGGGGCCAUCUGAUGGUUGCUUCCUAAAUAUUGCUAGAUGUGUCCAGUAAUCUGGGUUUUGCAUAAAGGCUGCCUUGCCACCCUCAGGGAACGCGGAAUGAACACUUUUCUGUUUCGUCCUCACUGUGGAGAAGCUGGUGCUAUCACCCACCUGCUGGCUGCCUUCAUGACUGCAGAUAAUAUUUCCCAUGGCCUGAACCUCAAGAAGGUGAGUUGCAAGGGCUGUGGAGAUCCCCAGGUGUCCUUUCAUGCUCAUGUUACACCAGCGGAGUUAUCACUGAUCCAUCCAGCUCAUUCUUGGAGCAUCCCUUUUCAAGGGAGCUUUGUGACCUGUCAGAACUUGAUGGGACUCCUCCAUGAGCUGCUGAUGUCUCCUAAGUGUUAAGAUCCUGCCAAGGAUGUUUGGUGGGCCCAUAACUGGGAAAGCCAGGAUUUUGUACUUGGCACGUGGUGCUGAGAAGUAACUAAGGAACAGUGCGAGCAAUUCUGCAUUGCAUCUAGAACACAGAGACAAAAUGACUCCCAUUUAGAAAGAACCUGGAAGCCCAUUCUCAUGAUGUUUGCCGGGAGGGAAUAGAGGUCCUGCUGCCUGCCUCGACUUGAUCUAUCCUUGCCAUGUCUCUUUGCAGAGUCCUGUGCUGCAGUACCUGUACUACCUGGCCCAGAUCCCCAUUGCCAUGUCCCCACUCAGCAACAACAGCCUCUUCUUAGAAUAUGCCAAGAACCCACUUCUUGAUUUCCACCAGAAGGGCUUAAUGGUGUCUCUAUCCACUGAUGACCCUAUGCAGUUCCACUACACCAAGGUAGGCAGCUGGAUCCUUUCCUAGGAUUGCUGUUUGCUUUCAGAAGUGUGAGGGCAGCUAGCGUUAAGGGAAAACAUUGCAGUUUCUGCGAUAACCUUUGCAAUGGCCACACUUUGUAUUUCACUUUUUAUUCCCCAGGAGCCUCUCAUGGAAGAAUAUGCCAUUGCUGCCCAGGUCUUCAAGCUCAGCACCUGUGACAUGUGUGAGAUUGCGCGCUACAGUGUUCUGCAAUCUGGCUUGUCUCAUGAGGUAUGGUGUUCAAUGGAAAUCUCAAAGGGGUAUAGAGUGCUCCCUGAUAUGGGUGAUUUAGCAGCACCAAAUCACUGCUGUUCUGCUUUAAGCUCCAAGUGGAAUAACAAUUCUGGUUCUAGACUUCUAACAAUCUGUAGCCAAAUGAUCAGUACCCCUUUCCUCAGCUGCCAUUUUGGGAAGGGAGGUUCAUUUGGAAUUUUUUUGGGGGGCGGGAUAGUGCUAAAUACUGCCUACUUACUGCAUUCAUUAUUAUGGUUCCUCACUGCAGUGGUCUCCCCACUGCAAUCUAGGGGGUGGGGGAAAGGAAAAAGAAAGAAAGACCAUGCUAUUUGGAAAAGGAAGCGUUGAAGUAAUAUAGCCAACUCCUAGAGAUGGAAAUGGCUAGUUCGAAUUCUGUAAAAUAUCUAGGCCAUCUACACCAGGGAAGACUGAAUUUUCUGACUCUGGGGAGAGGAAAAAAGUGAAACAGUGGAACAUGACAGAUUGAUGUUUUAUCUUACAGAUGCUUUGUCAAAACUGAGUGAACUAAGUGUGGCUAUUCCACAGUAUGUACCCUGUGGCUGUGUGGAAGUAGAUCACCGCCUCAGGGCUUAGUGGCUAGGAAUAUAACAAGGGUUGAGCAAACAAAAGAGGGUACAAGAAAGCAAUGGAAGCAAUUGGGUUUUCUUUUUAUGGAAAAGGUGAUGGGAAUGGCAGUCUGAGUGAGGGGGUGGCUCUCAUUUACUGUAUCAUUUCCACAGGAAAAGCUCCAUAUUCUGGGAAAGAAUUACCAAGAAGAGGGGCCUCAGGGCAAUGACAUCCGCAAGACCAACGUGGCUCAGAUCCGCAUGGCCUACCGCUAUGAGACAUGGUGCUAUGAGCUCGAUCUUAUAGCCGAAGGGCUGAAAAGUAUUGAAUAGAACCAUAUAGCAGGCUUGAGUAAUGAAAUCAGCAGUGCCAUUCAACGCCAGGCAAAUGUAGAGGUUGGAGAGUGAGGGAUUAUUGGCUCCAACACUGUUGUUUCAGAUUACAUACAGUCUAAAAGAAAUUAUGUGCAGUGUGUUUACUAAACUCUUUGUGCUCCUUCAUUCUGCGAGCAAGGUGCAGUUUGCCCUGCAUCCUGGGUAUCUCUUGCCAUGAAUACCACAAAGAUAUUUAUGUGAAAAGGAAUCCAGGAGCCCCUGUUUCCUGGUGUGAACUGUUGUCUUUUAUUUCAGUGCUUUCUUAAAAGAAAAGUAGGAACAUAGGGUUAAAGUGAUCCACACAGCCCCUUGACAAGGACGGAGGCAGGCAACACUGCAGGCACAUUAAACACGUCAUUGUCUCACUGCCACAAACCAUUUAAAGGGCAAAAGGAGGCCAUGUCCACAAAGAAAAUGACUGGAUUUUGUAGUGCAGCAGGCACACUCUGGUCUGUAUGAGGGACCCCCCAGAGGCUUGAUAAGGGCCUUAACUUUGAUGCCUCUGAUGAGGUAAAAAUCCACUGCAGUCGACCCAUGCAAUAGCACAGACUGUCUCAUACUCCAGCUGGACUACAGAGCACCCCGUACUUUGUAUAGGACAGCAGAUACGCUUACAUGUUCCACCAACCUCUGUCUCCCUUCCUGGGGCAGAAUGCUUAUUAAAUAAUUUCAGGAUGAUCAGCUGAUCCCUGCAGAUCACCUGCGUGGAUGGGGGUUAUCCAUUCUCAGCAGAUAGGUGACUGAGUAGAGAUUUGCAUCCUUGUUGUGUUACCGAGCUGGGAAGAAAGGUUUAAAGUUCUUAGCCCGGCCCAGCACCCUGAUGAGGAUGCUAAUCUUUUCCUCCCUGCUCAUCAGAUUAGUUAUCUGGUGUGUGAUUUGUAGCUCAUCUCUGCCAUGGAGAGGCACACUGCAUUUUUUUCUACUCUUGUAGCAGAGGCUUAAGCAGGUCAGUUUCUGUUUCACUCAACCCCAACAGAUUUUCCCUUUCCCCUCCCGGCUGACACUCAACAUUAUUGGCUUCUGGACAGAGGCAGCCCACCCACAAGGCAGGGUGAAGCAUCUGCCUCAGGCAGUGUAAGUGUAAGAGGUGGUGUUCUGCCUGCCACACUGCUUCCGCUGCUAUGAGGGGGGCAUUACAGUGUGCCAUCGGGGAGAAGCUGAGUGGCAAGGCUUGAGCAGUGCCCCGACUCCCAUCAGGUUCGGUGGGAGCCAGGGCAUGGUGGUAGCAGACAUCAGGGUGAGGACACAGCGGGAAGAAGAACAAUUCCUGUUUCAACUCAUGAGCCGAAAUGGGGUGGGUCGCCCCAGCCUCUGAGCAGCCUCUGUCCUCACCAACUAUCUUGUUUUUUGUUUUUAAAUGUUUUGCACUUUUCAUUAUCCUCAUAUGUUUAUUUAGUUGUAUGCCACUUCCCCAUAAGAUUGCGCUCAGAGUGCCUCACAACAUCAAAUGUACAGUAUAACAAUUCAAAACAUUAGAAACAAUUAUAAUCAUAAUAUUGAUAAGUACAGAAAAGUAAUCCAUACAACGUCGUGUAAAACAAUACAAAUAAUCUAUAACCUAAUUCAGCAGUUUAAACUAAGCAGCGUUGCAUAGAACAGGACAAAUUCAUUGAACUGAAACUAAACAGAAGAGAAAAUGACAACAGUACAAAAAUAGCAUGGCAUAGUGGUUAGAGUGUCCGACUAGGAUCUGGGAAAGCAGGGUUCGAAUCCCAACUCAGGCAUGAAGCUUGCUGUGUGACCUUGGGCCAGACACUGCCUCUGAGCCUAACCUACCUCAUAGGGUUGUUGUGAGGCUUGAAUGAGGACGGGAAGAACCAUGUACACUACCUUGAGCUUCAUAGAGGAAAAGGUGAGAGAUAAAUGCAAAUAAUAAUAACAUAUUUCUGUUUUGUACUUCUGCACACCCGAGCAUGCUGUUUCACAGGGUCUCCAUUUUGGUUGCUGUCCUCUUGGCACUCAACCACCUGAGCUCAGUAUUAGUAGGGAACAUACGAAGUACUGUACAGUGGUACCUCGGGUUACAUACGCUUCAGGUUACAGACUCCGCUAACCCAGAAAUAUUACCUCAGGUUAAGAACUUUGCUUCGGGAUGAGAACAGAAAUCGUGCUGGCGGCAGCAGGAGGCCCCAUUAGCUAAAGUGGUGUUUCAGGUUAAGAACAGUUUCAGGUUAAGAACAGACCUCCGGAACGAAUUAAGUACUUAACCCGAGGUACCACUGUAUUACAUUUUCCCAGGUAUCAAGCAGUCUGUAACCUUGAGUGGAAAUGUGUAACAAAGUGCUUUUUUGAACUGGUAAAACUAAUUGUGAAUGUGCAGAAAAGCCCAUGGUAUGUUUUAGCUGUGAUCAGAUUGUAAAAUCAUUUCUGACAGCUGCUCUCGUCUCUCUGAACUGUCAUCACCACAC